UGUAAAAGAAGUGAUUGUCUAGCUAUAAAUUCAUGCAUAUUUGAAGAAUAUAUAUAUAGAGACACAUUAUAUAUAUAUAGUUGUAUGUAAUUAGUAGUUAAGGUUGAUAAGGUUAAGGUAGGGUUUUGUGUGUGAAAUUGAAGGUGUGAUGGGUAGAUCUCCUUGUUGUGAUAAAUCAAAAGUGAAGAGAGGCCCAUGGUCACCUGAAGAAGACACCAUUCUCAGAAACCAUAUUCAGAACCAUGGCACUGGUGGCAACUGGAUUGCCUUGCCUCACAAAGCAGGGUUAAAACGAUGUGGGAAAAGUUGUCGACUCAGAUGGUUGAAUUAUUUAAGACCAGAUAUAAAACUUGGAGGUUUUACUGAAGAAGAAGAUGAUAUUAUAUCAUCUCUCUAUGUCAAUAUCGGAAGCAGGUGGUCUGUGAUAGCAUCCCAUUUACGGGGAAGAACAGAUAACGACGUCAAGAAUCACUGGAACACCAAGUUGAAGAAGAAAUUGUCGUCAUCGUAUAACUCGACCACCACCACCACCACCACCACUGCAACGAUGACCACCUCCAUCAACCUAAUGCGGUGUAGCGAUCCGACAACAUUGCUACCCAAACAAGAAGCCGACUACUAUCAAACGAUACCUAAGCCCAUCUUUGAUGAUUCCAUGAACGUGGCGGAUUAUCAACAACCGAUGAUGAUAUCAAAUUCAAACGAUGCCAAUUUCAACGACAAUGUAUCGUCUUUUCAAGAGAAUCAGGGUUCGUCCCCAAAUGCAUUUCUGAUGGGAAACAAUUAUGCAUCUUGGCGUGACAAUGGGGAUGGAAUGACGAACUCCGAUGGUGAUUUUCUACUCGAAGAUUUUGAUUUCCGGCAAGUGAUCAGUGAAGUCGCUAACUUUAAUCAUUCAUCGCAAUGGUUCUGAAGUUCAGGGGAAAAUGCUAACAAAAUCUAUUGCUACGCAAUUAAAUCUGUUGUUGAAGUUGUUAGGAACGGGUUUAACAACAGACGUUGAUCGUCACUAAUUAAUGAUUGAUUCAUCUACUAGACCUUUUCUAAUUUUA